UAUGAUAAAUAAAAAAUAAAUAAUAAUUUAUUUUAUAUUAACAAAAAAAAAUAGUUAAAAUGGAAAAUGAAGAGAUGAAUUCAACAAAUCAAGAUAAUAUUUCGAAAAUGCGCGGCAAAGAUACGAUAAAUAAUGCAUCUUCAGGAUUGGCAAGAAAAUAUAAUGGAACAAAAGUGGCUGAUAAUCGUUCAUUUCAAGUUGUUAGUGAAGUUGAGAAGGGUGAUUCAUUUUUUACACAUUGGAAGUAUCGUAAUUCUCAAGAAAUUGAUAAUAACGAUAAUCAAUUACCAUCCCAGAAUGAUUUGACUUUAUGCGACUUUGAUGCAGCCCUUUACAAUGGGCAACCACAUCCAGGAUAUGCCCCAAACUGGGCACAUUCAUCGAAUCAUUGGGAUUAUCAAAAUUCGUUGAUAGCAAAUACCAACACUUCUCAAUUAUCAUCAAAUGAUUUUAAUAAUAUUAUUAAUCAAUCACAAAACUCACAUAUAAAUUCAACAAAAUUAACAACAACACCAGCAACAAAUAAAUGUGAAACAGUAACAAAUAAUAGUGGCCAAUUAUUAAAUUCUCAAAUAAUUAAAAAAAAUAAAAAUAAUAAUAUAAUAAAAAAAUCUAAACAAAAAUCAUCAUCAAAUGAUAAUAUAAAAAUUGGUGAUAAAGUGGAUGUUAAUAAAUCAGUUGAAAAUUACAAAAAAACUAUUGAGAAUUUGUGGAAUUUAAGUGCACUGUGGUCUGCUGCUGCUGCUGGUGGCUGGGAAGACAUCGAUAUGUCUGGACAGUACCCAGGACACAGUCGACCACCGGUUGGCACACCACCACCACAAACAGUAUGGAAUCAUUUAACAAUGACACAAGGUAGUGGAUCAUUAAUGCUGUAUUAAUCAUCAUUUGGAUCAUCACAUUUAACAAGUCAAUUAACACCACAAUUAGCACAUUCACAAUCAACACCAACAUGGCAUACACCAACAGCAGUACCAUCAUCAAAGCCAACAUCAACAACAUCAUCAUCAUCAUCAUCGACAUCAUCAGUAUCAUCAUCAUCAUCAGCAACAACAACAACAACAACAACAAAUUCAUCUGUUAAUCCAUUAUUUAAUUUACAAGCACUUGUUGAUAAUAAUCGUACAAAUCAAAAUCAAUAUCAUCGUGGAUCACCAAAUACUGGACAAAAUACACUUGAUUUAUCAACAACAUCUGAUAUUGCAGAAAAUUAUUCACGUAUGACACAAGAUAUACCAAUUAGUUUAACAGCAAGAAAUAUUGAUAAAUCAAAUCGUAAUGGAAAUAUAAUAUCACCACCAAUACCAUUAAAUGGUGAAACAUCAUCAGAUAGUGGUAUUAGUUCAUCAGUACCAACUCCAAAUUCACUUAUUGAACCAGUAUCAUUAUCAACAAAAGAUUUAUUAUCAUCAUCAUUAUUAACAACACCAAAAAUAUCUGUUAAAAAUUUUGAAAGUCAUUUAAAAGGUGUUGCAAAUAUUCAUGAUAAAAUUGGUGGUGUUGGUAAUAGUGUCAAUAGUAUUGGUAUUAAUAUUGAUAAUUUUUCACAAAAAAUGAUUAAUUUACCAUCAAGUGUUACUAUUGAACGUAUAUUACCAGAUAAUAAUAAAAAAGAUAUUGAACCAAUGAAAAUGAAAGAUUCAUUAAGUGUUAUACCACAACCAGUUAUUGUUAAUUUAACAUCAAGAUAUGAUAAAGAUGUUAUUGAUAGUCCAGUAUGUGAUUUAUCAUCAAUAAAUGAUAGAGAACAAAAAAAAAUUAAUAAUGAUGAAAUGAAUGUUAGAUCACCAAAAAAUAUACCAAAACGUGGUAAUAAAAAAUGUGUUGAUUCAUUAUUAGAAAAACUUGAAAGUGGUAGUAAAAAAUUAGGUAGUACAGAAAAUAUUGGUUCAAUUAUUGUAAUACCUGUUGAUGAUUAUAAAGAUGCAUCAAGUAUUAAAAGUAUGUCACCAGAUAGACAAAAAUCAAAAUCACCAACAAGAGAAGAUGAUGUUGUAUCACCAGAAUUUAGUAAUGAUGAUUCAAAUGAUAAUACUAAACAAAGAAGAAAAAGAAAAUUAGAAAAACCAGUUAGAUUAAGUAAAGAUGCUAAAAAUGAUAUUGAUGAUAUUGGUGAAAUUGAAUCAAUUAUUGAAUCAAAAGAAUUAAGAGAACCUAAAGAACCAAGAAUAUCUGUACCAAUUAUUGAUGAAUUAACGAGUAAAUUUGAUACAAAAACAACAACAACAACAACAUCAACAGCAUUACCACCUCCAUUGGCACCUCCACCUCCAUUAGCACCACCACCUCCACCACCACUACCACCACCGUCAUCAUCAUCAUCAUCAUCAUCAUCAACAACAACAACAUCACUAUUAUUACUACCUCCCGUUGUUGAAGAAAAUCAUAAAAAACAAACAAAUGAUAAUUUUUUACCAACAACAAUAGAUCUAAGUACUGUCAAUAAAAUAAAUGAUAAUAAUGUUGUUGAUGAUAAAUUAAAAGUACCAGAUGAUAUUAUUAUUUCUAAAAAAAUACAAAAAGAACAAGAAAAACAAAAAGAUAAAGAAAAAUUAAGAGAAGAAGACGAUGAUGAUGAUGAAGAUGAAGAAGAAGAUGACGAAGAUGAUGAUGAUGAUGAAGAUGAUGACGAUGAAGAUGAAGAUGAGGAUGAUGAUAAUGAUGAUGAUGAUGAUCAAGAUCACGAUGUUAAUAAUGAAGAAUUAAAAAAAAAAAAAAAAAAAGAACAAACAGAAAAAUUAAAACAAGAUGAAAAUACAACUGACAAAGAAAAUAAUGAACCAAUAAGAAGACGAAGAAGUAGUGAAAAUACAUCAACAAAUCCAACACCAAUGAGUCAAAGAACAAGAAGAAAAUCUAGUGAUGAUGCAACUGAUUUAUCUAAAGUAGCAAGUCCAUCAACAGUUAUUAAUAAUGCAAAUCCAUUUAAUGAAGUUGAAUCAGAGCUAGAAAAAAUGUUUGCUGGUAUUGUUGAAAAUGAUACAGAUGUUAAAGAUGAAAAUAUUAAAAGUGAUGAUAUUAUUGAACAAGUUAAAACUGAAGUUGAUAUUAUUAAAAAAGAAGAAGAAAAAAGUGAGGUUAAAUUGGAAAAUAAUAAUAAAACUGAUGAUGACACAACAACGACAACAACGACGACGACAACAACAACAUCAGUACCAACAGUACCAACAAAACCAUCACCAAAAAAAGGUAAAAAAGGACGUGCUAAAGGAAAAAAACGUAAAGGUGGUUAUAAAGCACCAGAUAAUAUGUUUUGUAUAGAUGAUUUACCACAAAAACCAACAAAAAAACGUAAAAAUAAUAAUAAAAAUACUAAAAAACAAGAUAAUAAUAAUAGUAAAAAAAAGAAAACAACAAAAAUUGAUGGUUUAAAAGAUGCAGCAUAUGAUUCUGGUUCAAAUACAAGUACAAUUAAAUCAAGAGGACCAGUUGUACAUGUACAAGGACCACGUGAUAGUCCAUUAAGUGUACAAGUUGUAAAUGCACCAUCAAGAGAAGAUGAAGAAGAAAAAAAUAAAGAAAAAAGAAAAAGUCUUGGUAAUGGUAAUGCUGGACGUAGUAAAAGGCUUAGUCAUCAAAAUGAUUUAGAUUAUCGUGGUAAAGUUAGUCGUACUGGUCUUUUUAGUUCAACUUUAUCAUCAAGAUAUGAUGCACAUACAACAGAUUCAAGUUGGAUAUGUGUAUUUUGUAAACAAGGACCACAUUCAGUAAUACCUGGUGAUCCAUCAAGACCACAUCCAAAUUUAGCUGGUCCACAUAUUGUACCUGGUACAUAUACAGUACCAUCUGGUGUAUUAAGUGAUUUAUUUGGUCCAUAUUUAAUUGGACGUGAACGUAUUGAUGAUGCUUCAUUAUCAACAGAUGAACAAGAAAUAACAAAUGAACAAAAAAAAGGUUGUAAAAAUAAAAGAAGUUUAAGGUAUGCUGGUCUUGCUGAUCAAUUUACAGCUAAAAUGGCUAAAAAAAAAAGAACAUCAAUUGAUACAAAUGCAGUAUCAAUGUAUUCUGGUAUGACAUUAUUAAGUGGUGAUGAACAACGAUGGGAAGUUUGGCUUCAUGAACAGUGUGCAUUAUGGGCAGCUGGUGUUUAUUUAGCAGGUGGAAGAGUUUCAGGAUUACAAGAGGCUGUUUGGGAUGCAACACAAUCAAUAUGUACAACAUGUGGUCUUGCUGGUGCAAAUAUUGGUUGUGUUAAACGUGGAUGUAAAGAAGUAACUCAUUAUCCAUGUGCUUUAACUAAAGGCUGGUUACUUGACACAAAUCAUUAUAUUCCAAAGUGUCAUAUUCAUCGAGUUACGUGAAAUAACAAUCAAUUAUGAUUAUUAUGAGUAAGUAAUUUAUAAACUCAACAUCAUGAGACAUAGAUAGAGCCUCGAGACUGUGGAAUUAUAGUUGUAAAAAAUGAAAAAUAAUAAUUAAUAAAGAUAAAAAUAUUUCGGAUAGAGACAGGGAGAAAAAAAAAAAAGGGAUUACUCAAAAUCCAUUGAUAAUAAUAUGUUAAUAAAAUUACUGAAAUUAUGGGAAACAAUAUAACGUGAUUGGUUACUAAAUUUACAAGGAAAUUAAUUAAUAAUAAUAAAAAUAAUAAUUAAUGACAUGACGUCUUUGAAUUUACCAAGGAAAAAUUUAUGAUUGAAUGGUAGAUGGGCUAUUUGUUGACUGAAAUUAAUGGACUUUCUUGGCCCGUGGCCUUGAACAGUGGCCUUUUUCGAUAUAAUAUUUAUAAAUAAAAGAAAUAAGAAAUUUAAAAAAAAAUAAUAAAAAGUCACACAAAUUUAUUGGAAAAUUAAAUAUUAUUUUUUUGUUUUGUGUUUAAUUUAUUAUUGUCAUUUUCAGAUAAACUUUUUGAACUAUUUAAAUUUUACUUUUUGUUUAUUGGUAUAUGAGUGGUCCCUUUUAAUUAAAAUUAGAAAAAUAAAAACAAAAAUCUUGUUAUAAUAAAACAUUAAUGAGAUUUUGAAUUAUUAUUUAUAUUUAUAUUUUUUUUUUUUUUUUUUUUUUAAUGCUAUUCGUACUUUUUAAACAAAACAAGUUGUAAAAAAUAUUUUUUCUUUUUAUUUGCAUUAAAUAAUGCUCAAUACUGAGAUGAUGUUAACUUAAAAUUUAUCAAAUAUAAUUUUAUAAUAUUUAUAAAGUAUAAAAAUAAUAAUCAUUUAAGUGAUUGAAUUAUUUAUAAAAAAAAAAGAAGAUUGGAAAAACACUUAAAUAAUUAAUUUUCACGACUUAUCAUCAAUUAUCACAAAUCAUGGUUAAAAUAAAUGAAAUAAAAAAAAAAUUUAUAAUAAUUAAUUUAUGUGAAUAUUUCAUAAUUUUUUUAAUUCAUAUAAAUUUUACUUUAUAAAAAUUUCAUUAAAUUUUAUAAAUGUCACAAUAAUAAAGUUUCGAGAAAUUUAUUUAAAAUUACAAAAAAUUACUUGAAAUAACACAAAAACAAAAUGACUUUAAAAUACAACUUGAACAACCUAUAAAAAAAUGUAUAAAAAAAAAACUAACAAAAUUAAAAAAAAAAUAAAUAAAAAAAUGAUAAAGAAUACAAAAAAAAAAAAAAAAAAAAAAUUACUUAUAAUAAUUAUAUCUAAUGUACAUAGCAUUUAUCGUGUAGAUGGAAAAUUAUAUAUGUAUUGAUAUGUUUCACUUGAAUUUCGAAUUAUGAUUUAAUUUUGAAUAUUAAAAUUUAAAAUUCAAAAUUUGGCAAGAAGAAAAAGUGUUUAAAAUAAUAUCAACAUGAAAAAAAUAAUGUCAUUGUAAAUAGUUGAUUAAUUUAGUUACUAAGAAAUUUAAAAAAAAAAAAAAAUAAACUGUGUGAAUAAGAAAGAAAUAAAAAAAACAAAAUUAUAAGAAAAAAAAUUAAUUGUAACGUCAUUGUAAUUAUUUUUUUUGCAAAAAUAAUAAAAGCAAAAUUUUAACUAAAAAAGAAAAAUAUAUAUUAUAAAAAAAAAGCGAUUUUAGUCAAUGUGAAAAUGAAGAAAAUAAAAAAUUAAUUAUUGAAUUUGUUAAUGAAUGUUUUGAUGGAAUAAAAAAAAUGGAGACAAAAACGCUUAUAUUCUAUACAUAUGUGCGAAAAUAAAAAAAAGUAAAUAAAAUAAAUAAUAAAUCACAGAUAAAUUAUCUUAGAAAUGUAAUAUUAAUUAUUGUGAUACGUUUACGAGAAAAUGAUAACAAAAAAAAAAUUACUUUCUCUGUGUAAAAAUUGUGUAAACACCGAGCAACUUUAAAUCAUAUAUAUUUUUUUUUUUUUAUCUCAAGUUUAUUGAUAAUUAAAAAAAAUACUAAUAACAAUUAAUAUCAAUACGAAUUAAGUGAUUAUUUUGGAGGAAAAUAUUUAUCAAAAUUUAACAGAUUACUUCCUAGUCGGUAAAUAAAUGUAAAAAGCAAAAAAAAAAAAAAACAUUUCUUUUUUUUUUUUUAUGAGGUGCCCAAUAAAUAUUUAUUUAAAAAAAAUACUGACGAGGUAAUCGAUUAUAAUCUGGCAAUGCAGAGCCUAUGUUGUAAUUUGUAUAAAAAAAAUAAAUAUAUAUAUAUAUAGAAAUUAAAAACUUGAAAAUAUUUGUAACAUAAAAAUGCAUACAUUUUGAAAUCAAACAAUCAGAUAAAAAAAAACAGCUCCAUUUAAAAAAGAUGCAUGAAACUCUG